AAAGUGCCUGGUUGCUCUUUGCAGGAUAUGACCCUCCCAACAUCAGCCAAGGGCAGGUGGGCAGCAGCCAUCUCAAGACAUUCUAGUGCUGCUCCACAUCCACUUCUGGGUUGGACCCGAAUCAAAAGUUGCUAACUUCCAGCCUGCCUCUAGAAAUAUCUUUGUCCUUCUCUUCUUCGUGUUCCCCUUCCUUUAACUUGACCCAGCUUGCUAAAAGGCACCGUCGUUUGAUCCCGUGAACGUUCCCCCCCACAAGAGCUCCAACAUGUGUUACAAAAUGAAGACCUACUUGAUGAUCAAAGACAGCUGUGUGUUCAAGAAGUGCCCAGUGGAAUAUCGCUGGGAUGAGGCCGGGACCAGCACCGUCGCCAAUGGACACAGCAGCAGCAGCAUCACCAUCAACAACCAGAACCCCCAAGGGAUGCUUACAGUCCCCCAAGAGGGCGCCGUGGCAGAGAGCUCCAGAUCCAGCAUCUUCCACUCCUUCAAGCAUUGCUCCAGCAAGUUCGCCAGGUAUGCCAUUGCUCACUCCAUCGGCCGCUGGCUGCUCUACCCAGGUUCCGUUUGCCUCUUGAACAAAGUCCCGCCCAAUAUACUAGUGAAUGCUCGAACUCGCCUCAUUGAGGAUUUCCAUGGGAAACGGGCUAAACUGAUUGCUCGUGAUGGGAACGAAAUCGACACUAUGUUUGUGGACAGGAGGAAGAGGAAAAGUCCAGAGAAACGAGGGAUGCAGCUGGUGAUCUGCUGCGAAGGGAAUGGCAGUUUCUAUGAGGUCGGAUGCUUUUUCACCCCACUGAAGGCCGGGUACUCUGUCCUGGGGUGGAACCACCCCGGUUUCGGCAGGAGCACGGGCAAACCCUAUCCGGCGAAUGACGUCAAUGCUAUGGAUGUGGUCAUCCAAUAUGCCAUACGCCGGCUGGGUUUUGCCCUGCCAGACAUUGCCAUCUACGGCUACUCCUUAGGGAGCUACACAGCCACCUGGGCUGCGAAGACUUAUCCGGAGCUAGGCGGGUUGGUACUGGACGCCUCCUUUGACAGCUUGCUCCCUUUGGCCAUGAAGGUGAUGGCAAAGAGCUGGAAGAAGCUGGUGGUCAAGACCGUGACGGAGCACUUCAACCUCAACGUGGCGGAGAUGCUGUGUCAGUACCCCGGUCCAGUGCUGCUCGUCAGGAGGACGUUGGACGAAAUCACCAGCACCCACUUCUACUCGAAGAGCAAGCUGCCUGUCAUCAAGACCAACCGGGCCAACGAGCUGCUCCUGCAGCUCUUGAGGUGCCGUUACCCCGACCUUAUAUCCGAGGAGGAGGAAGUGGUGCGCAGCUGGCUGGCUGCUGACUGCCCUCAGAUGGACAACCUCAUCUACAGCUUCUUCUACGAAGUGGAUGAGGACUGGUGCCUCCAAACGCUCCGCGGCUACAAAGCCAGCCUUGGCUCAAACUGCAGCUUCCCAUGGCACGUCGGGAAGAACCUUCACCCCGCGAAGAGGAUGCAGAUGGCCUUGUUUUUGGCCAAGAAGCACCUGAAGAACGUGGAGACCACCCAUGGAAGAACUUUGCCACCAAACGAAUUUCAGAUGCCCUGGAAGCUCUAGCUCGGCUGGGAAGGUGGCAGCUUGACUGUAGAGAAAGAGAGAGAAAUAAAAACUAGCAUUCA